AUGCCCGACUUUUGCUUUUCAGCUUCACUAGCACCACCUGAAACGAAGGAUUGUGAACUUUGCCAGGCCGCAAUGACAAUGUUCAGUGCAGAGAACGCCAUGAAGGGAGUGCUGCCAAUUGAAACCAAAGCAUCCUGCCCUUGUGUAAACUCUGUCAAUGAUGCCAAGACCAACCAGAGAUUUUGGACUGGUACAGGCCAGAUCAUUGCAUUUCGUGCUGCUUCUUUCUCAUUCUUCCAGUCAAGCCUUGGCAGGCCCGCGAAGGCAACCAGUACAUGCAUUGCACCCAAGGCCAGAAUUUUCUCCUGGGAGAUAGGAGCUUCAAAUCCAUUGGUCAGGAGAUAA